CUGACAGCGGUCUCGUGUCGACGACCACGACCACGACCAAACGUCUCAUUCAAGUUGAGGGCUCUCUCAUUGCCACUCAUUCACAUCUCAUCAUGUCUGCACCGACUCGCGCGCAAAUCCUCAACUUGUACACUGCGACUCUACGCACAGCUCGGACUUUCUCGUCAUACAACUUCCGCAACUACUUCGUUCGCCGGACGAAAGAAUCCUUCCGAAAGAACUCGGACGAGAGCGAUCCCGCGAAGGUGUUAGAGCUGUACCAAGAUGGAUUGAAAGAACUCGAGGUGUUAAGGAGGGCAGCGGUCGUCAACAGGCUCUACGAAGGACCGAAGCUGGUGGUGGAGAAGGAGAGACUUGGACGUGCAGCAGGAUUGGGGGGUGGAGGAGCAGGAAUGGAAGCGAGCAUUGGUGGUGGUGGGCAGCCAACAGGUUCUCAAAAUGUUGCAUGAAGGAUGGGGAGAUUGCGGAUCUGGGCGAGAGCAAGUUUUUUGCAAGUCGUUUUGAUGUAAUGUGGUAGAAGCAUUGUAGUGGUUGUCAUGCAUGUAUCUCUAUGGAAUCACUCAUUUU